AUGGAAAAUGUUAAUAUCAAGUACAAACACUAUGCCAACAAGCACAGAAGCACCACUCCAGAGUAUGCCCCAGAAAGACCACCACCAGUACUGAGUGUAUCUCCACAGAGCUGGCUGACUGAAGGAGACUCAGUGACUCUAAGCUGUGAGGUUACAGGCUCUUCUACAGACUGGACAUUCAGCUGGUAUACAACUGUUCCCUACAGAUCUGGAUUAACUCAAAUAAAAAACAGUUAUGGCUAUAUCACAUAUGUGAAGCCUCUCUCAGACAGCAGCAGAGGAUCUGGAGGCAAAUACACUCUCAGUCCUGCUGGUUUUAAUCACACAGGAGUUUAUAUGUGCAGAGGAGAGCGAGGAGAACCAGCCAUUCACACACAGUACAGCAAUCCACAGCCUCUAUGGAUCACUGGUAAAUCUCCUCCAGUCUUUCUGAUCAUCAAUCCCAGUAGAACUCAACACUUUACGAAAGACUCUCUCUCAUUGAGCUGUGAGGGCCAGAAUAACUCUACUGGAUGGACAGUGAAACGAUACACACACAAUAAGAGAGUGUCAGAUUGUUCACAGUGGGGCUCAGUUACAGGAUCUACAUGUAAAAUCAGUUCAAUCUAUACAUUUUACACUGGAGUUUAUUGGUGUGACUCUGAAUCUGGAGGUAGCAGUAAUCCUGUCAACAUCACAGUGCAUGACAGCGAUGUGAUCCUGGAGAGUCCUGUUCAUCCUGUGACUGAGGGACGGCCACUGACUCUGCGCUGUUUAUAUCAAUACACAAAACCAUCAACCCUCCGAGCUGAUUUCUAUAAAGAUGGAUCAGUCCUCCAGACACAGACUACAGGAAAGAUGAUCAUUCAUAAGGUCUCAAAGUCAGAUGAAGGUUUCUACCACUGUAAAUAUCCAGAGAGAGGAGAGUCACUGAAAAGCUGGGUCUCAGUCAGAUCAAUCAAGACACCAAUCACGGUCCAGUGGAAGAAGCCUCCAUCUAAUUCCCCUGUUUUCAUUCAUGGCCAGGCAGUCGAAAUUGUACAGCAGUACAAAUACCUGGGUACCAUCAUCGACAGUAACUUCACAUUUGAGGCAAACACUGAUGCAGUUUGUGCAAAGGCCCACCAGCGCAUGUACUUUUUAUCAAAAGUUGAGAAGUUUUAG